AUGGCCAAAGAACUUACCUCGACCUUCCCAAAGGACCCCAUCGACUGGUCCGUUGAAGAUGUUGUCUCGUUUUUGUGGCCACAAGUGCCCCACAAAUGGGCUUGCAGCAUCAGCCCUCCCGAUCUUGCUCUCUUAGGACCGAUCUUUCGCGCCAGAGGUAUUAAUGGCAGGGUGCUUCUUGAAUCUGUGAAUAGCGAACUCCUCAAGAUGUCCAUGGGUGUGACUAAAGUGGGAGAGCGUGUCUACAUCUUGCAUGUCAUACGGUAUUUGAAAGAACGCUCAGCCGCUUUUGAUCAUCGUGCUACCCUGGGGCAGAGCAUCUUAGUUCAGCCUACAACUCCUGCUACCGAUAUCUCCCUGUCACCUAAGACCACUAAGCAGCCACGACGUGCCGAAAAUAUCCUUACAACACCUCUCACACCAGUGCCUAGAGGCCGUGUACCUGAUCCAGCUCUCUGGUCACCCCUGCCAGCAGGACUGACAUCGGCUACGAAUAUGCCAUCGGUUGCAAGCCAGGUAUCAACUACAACCCCGGGAUCAGCCACAGAUCUGGAAUCCGCUACAAAAUCGGCACAUCAACCGACAGAUUAUGAUCUCUGCCCAGAAUUCAAGGCAUUCAUUGACGGAGUUAUACUUCGCAACCCACCGGAAGAAAAUGAUCAAGAUGCCUUGCCUUUGUACGGAGAAUCUGACAGUUCCGACUGGGAAUCCGACGAGAGACGGGAAAUCGAAGAUCUUCCCGAGAAGAAGCCGCCUGGAGUAGUUCCUCCCACACCUACAGGGCCAGUCAGCCUGGCGAGGUUCAACGAAAUCGUGGACAAUUUGAUUUCAGAACAGCGACAGACUUGGAUGGAUAGCAUUACAAAUGAAAUGUGCGAGUCUAGCGGACUCUUUACAGAGGGACGUGAUGGCAACGCUAUCAAAAACAGAGCCAAAGGCGAUCUUCAGAGGCUACAAAGACGUCUCGAAUCACUUCGCGACGCGAUUUACGGACACAGACACACAACCGCCGCCUUGAUCAUCAAGAGCUGUGACAGCCUGCUUGAAACUCUAAAAGACAUGUUUUUCUGCGAAUGGCGGCUCUCAAUGCUCAAUAGCCUAGAUAUCUCCCAAGAUAAGAGCCAACAGGGAAAGUGCGAUCAAAAUGACCAGAUCAAAUUCCCUACAUAUGGUUUCUCUAGCUCCCCUGGCUUCUAUGACAUUUCAUCAUCUUCUUCUGAUGAUAGUGAUGAUUCUGAUCAAUCCUCCGAAGAAAAGGGCGAGCUUUGUGAUUCGGACGACUCUGACCUGGACACAGACAAAACAACUGAAAAGAAGCCACGUCUUGAGGGAGUCAUCCCAAAUGAUGCGGUGGUAAUCGAUCUCACAGGUGACAGCCCUGUCGUGACAGAACCAGAUAUGUCGCUUCAAACCACUAAAAUCAACGACAAUCUUCCCUUCAAGGAAGAGUAUGUGGUUCUUUUCGAGGAAACAUAUGUUCCGUGGGAGAUAGUCGAGAGCACUGGAUACCGUCCUGCAGCCUUGGCCAAAAAUAUUCGCACUUUAUCCCGCAAGAAGCUCAAGAAACUCGCUGUAUUCGUUGGCAGAUUUGGGGUUGCUGUACAUCGAGAGCUGAUACAAGCGGCAUUGAAGGGCGUUGUCGCUAAAGCCUUGGUUUUCAAGGGUUUAUCAAUAUCAGAAAGCAGCCAUGAAACAAUCAUAGCUAGGCAAUUUGUCUCAUGGGUUGAUGGUCUUCGAUGUGAAGAUGAAGAGUCAUUUCAACCAGAGCGUAUUCAACAGGCAUUGGCUGCACUGGAGCGCUAUGAAAACACAUCGUUUGAUAAAUUCCCGGACUUCCUGAGCCUCGUGUACAACAUCUGCCUUGGCGGUGCUCGGUGGUUGGAACUUCAAACCCAAGAGAAGGUGCAACGCGGGCAGAACCAAAUGAGGCCGGAUAGUAGCCUCAUCGGCAGGAAGCGACACGGACAGGAGGCGAGGAGAACCAUGAGCCUCGGCCAGGAGAAUCGAGCCCACCCCAAACUCCUCUUGAACACAAAGGAUGAGAAUUCCGCAUUCAAGUUGGGACAAUUGAAAUAUCCACGCUUCCCAUUACGUCCCCUCAAGCCAAGACCUCCCUUCUCUUUGACUUAUGGGCCUACCUUCACCGUGCCUGGCUACUCUUUACCCUCGGCUCCCUCGGUUCCUGAAGUUUCUGAAGCUCCUGAAGCUCCUGGUUAUUCAUUGCCUUCAAAUGUCGAAGUGCCUGCCCACUCUUUGCAUUCUGCCAUUGAAGCACCUGCAUACUCACUGCCCUCGGCUUUCGAAGUACCCAUUGAUCCUUCAUCUUCGCAUGCUGGACUUCCUAUUCACUCUCUGCAUUCAGAUACUGACGCAGCUGACCACACACUACCCUCAGAUCUUGGGGUGCCUGUUCAGUCUUUGCAAUCAGACAUUGAAGCAUCUGCGUACUCACUGCCCUCGGAUUUUGAAGUACCAAUUGAUGCUUCGCCUUCAGACUGCGAAGUACCAGCUUGCCCUUGGUACUACGACCCUCCUCUUCAGUCACUGAAUCUCCCUCCUUUCCCGGCUGUGGCUCCCCUUGUUUCUCCCAACAAUCCUCCUGUAUCUCCAGCCAAGCCGGAGGCUGUGUCGCCCAUGUCUGAAGAAGGUUGGCAAAUGUACCAGUAG